CCAUAUCCUGGUACGACCUUCUCAUAUAAAAAGGCAGGGUUACGAGUCAGAGUUCGUUAGAGAAUAGGAAACCAAUGAUUCCCAUAUGUCCAGUAGUCUCCUUCACCUAUGUGCCCAGCCGGCUUGGUGAAGAUGCCAAAAUGGCCACCGGCAACUACUUUGGUUUUACCCACGGUGCGGCGGCCCAGUACAGUCAGCAGCCGGGCGCUGGGGUAGCAUACACCCACCCCACUACAGUGGCCAGCUAUACUGUGCAUCAAGCACCGGUGGCGGCGCACACUGUAGCGGCAGCAUACGCCCCUACAGCUGCCACGGUUGCUGUUGCUAGGCCUGCACCAGUCGGUGUAGCAGCUGCGGCUACUGCUGCUGCUUAUGCAGGAUACCAGCCAGCCCACGCUGCCACAGAUUACGGGUAUGCACAGAGACAACAGGAGGUACCCCCACCACCACCUCCAGUCACCUCACAAAACUACCAGGACUCCUAUUCAUAUGUGCGUUCCACAGCUUCGGCUGUAGCAUAUGACAGUAAACAAUACUACCAGCAACCUGUGGCUACACCGGCUGUGGCUGCUGCAGCAGCCCAGCCACAACAGACUGUGGCCGAAUCCUACUAUCAGACUGCACCUAAAACUGGAUACAGCCAAGGCGCCACUGCUUACACUCAGACCCAGCAAACGCGUCAGGUUACAACCAUAAAGCCAGCCAACCCCAGCCCUGCCACCUCAACCUUCUCCAUUUACCCAGUGUCCUCUGCUGUACAGCCAGCUGCAGCUGCCUCUGUACUCCCAUCAUACUCUCAGAGUCCCACCUACAGCACCAAUGCAGUCACAUACUCUGCAACAUCAUACUCUGGCUAUGAAGCUGCAGUGUAUUCGGCUGCUUCCUCCUACUAUCAACAGCAGCAACAGCAGCAGAAACAAGCAGCCGUCGCUGCAGCUGCCACUGCCGCAUGGACCGGCAGCACAUUUACAAAGAAAACUCCCUUCCAGAACAAAACACUAAAGCCGAAACAGCCCCCUAAACCACCACAGAUACACUACUGUGACGUCUGCAAGAUCAGUUGUGCGGGACCUCAGACCUAUAAGGAGCAUCUGGAAGGUCAGAAGCACAAAAAGAAAGAAGCCGCAUUGAAGGUUUCGCAGAGCAGCAGUAGCAGCAGUGGAGGCGGGAGCUCCGCCCGCGGCACACAGAAUCAGCUACGCUGUGAGCUCUGUGAUGUGUCCUGUACUGGGGCCGACGCCUACGCCGCACACAUCAGAGGAGCCAAACACCAGAAGGUUGUGAAAUUGCAUACCAAACUAGGAAAGCCAAUACCAUCCACCGAGCCCAGUGUUGUUUCCCAGUCCUCUACCUCCAGUACCGCAGCUCCCAAUAAGACUGCCAGCUCCAACAGCAACAGCUCCACAAGCACAUCGUCCAACCUCUCUGCUUCCUCGGUUUCUGCCUCUUACUUAAAAUCUGGCAGCAUGGCCAACAACAUGGCUUCAGCUGCACAGGGCAAGAGCGCAGUGGCCAACAGUGUCUCGGUCAAUAGCACCUCCGUCAAGAAGGUCAACACGCCCAAGAUCAACUUUGUUGGUGGAAACAAAUUACAGACCACUGCUGUUAAAAAUGAUGAAUCAAAGAUUGAGGCUGCUAAAACUGCACAGUCUACACCACCACUGGAUGGAAAGAAUGAAAUACUUGACCCUAUGUCACCCCAGUCAGCACUUGCAGCCCUGCAGAGUGAUGUUCAGCCCGUCGGACAUGACUAUGUAGAGGAGGUGAGGAAUGAUGAAGGAAAGGUUAUCCGGUUCCACUGCAAACUGUGUGAAUGCAGUUUUAAUGACCCAAAUGCCAAGGAAAUGCAUUUGAAAGGAAGGAGACAUCGACUGCAGUACAAGAAAAAGGUGAACCCAGAUCUCCAGGUGGAAGUGAAACCUAGCAUCCGAGCCAGGAAGAUCCAAGAGGAAAAGAUGAGGAAGCAGAUGCAAAAGGAAGAGUAUUGGAGAAGACGUGAAGAAGAGGAGCGCUGGAGGAUGGAGAUGAGGCGCUAUGAAGAAGACAUGUAUUGGAGGCGUAUGGAGGAAGAGCACCACUGGGAUGAAAGGCGCAGAAUGCCUGAUGGAGGUUAUCCACAGGGUCCACCUGGACCUCCUGGUCUUCUUGGAGUGCGACCUGGGAUGCCCAUUCCUCUACCACAAGGACCAGUGCCUCCACGUCGCCCUGAUUCUUCGGAUGAUCGUUAUGUGAUGACCAAACAUGCAGCUAUUUACCCAUCUGAGGAUGAGCUCCAGGCCAUCCAGAAGAUUGUAUCAAUCACAGAGCGAGCACUUAAGCUUGUCUCUGACAUCAUUACUGACCAAGAUACAACUGUAAAGGGCAACGAAGAAGACAAAGAAAAGAAAGAGCCUCCCAAAGACAGGGUGCUGAAAGGAGUGAUGCGAGUAGGUGUUCUUGCCAAGGGGCUCCUUCUGCGAGGAGACACGCACGUCAAUCUAGUCCUCCUAUGUUCUGAGAAGCCAACCAUAAAUCUGCUUACGCGCAUUGUGGAACAUCUCCCCAAACAGCUCACGAUCGUAACACCGGAGAAAUAUGAGGUUAAAGGUUCCAUUCAAGAGGCUGCCAUUAUCCUUACCUCCUGCACUGAGUCCAAGAUGCAAGUGACCAUCACCCUCACCUCACCCGUCAUCCGAGAGGAGAACCCCCGGGAUGGAGAUGUAACCUCGAGUAUGGUGAAAGACCCAGCGGACGUCUUGGACAGGCAAAAAUGCCUUGACGCUCUGGCUGCCCUACGCCACGCUAAGUGGUUCCAGGCUAGGGCUAAUGGGCUCCAGUCGUGUGUCAUUGUCAUUCGAAUACUGCGUGACCUGUGUCAGCGAGUACCCACCUGGUCUGCCUUUCCUAGCUGGGCUUUGGAGUUGCUGGUGGAGAAGGCCAUCAGCAGUGCCUCUGGACCAAUGAGCCCUGGAGAUUCUCUGCGACGAGUCUUUGAAUGUAUUUCCUCAGGCAUUCUGCUGUCUGUUUGUUUCUCCCCCAUAGGUGCUCCAGGAUUGAUGGACCCCUGUGAGAAAAAUCCAACGGAUACACUGGCUAGCAUGGAAGAGCAGCAGAGAGAGGACAUCACGUCAAGCGCUCAGUUUGCCUUGAGGCUGCUGGCGUUCCGUCAGAUUCACAAGGUUCUGGGAAUGGACCCCCUGCCUCAGAUGAACUCGCGCUUCAACGUACGAAAUAACCGCAAGAGGCGUCGCGAUAACAGUGAUGGCACUGAUGGAUUUGAAGCAGAAGGCAAGAAGGACAAGAAGGACCACGAGGGGUUCUGAAGUGCACUACAGUACAACUAGCCCUGUUCACCCUGCCCCUGUUUCAAAUAGUUUAUUCCUGGUAUACAAAUGCCAUUUCUGUUGAUCUCUGUGCAUGCUGAUUAUAUAUUUUUAAGAACUAGUAAAGACCUGAUUUUGGCCUUUAUUUCCUUUACACAGACUCUAGCCCAUCUCUGUUGUUUAGUCUGGUGUCUUGGUUUAAAGAUUGGAGAUGCGUACAAUCUAGAGAAGUUGAGCCUAAGUUCAUGAUAAUUUUAGCAAAUUGGAUGUAGUCUUUCCCCAUAUUUCUAGAAGUUUGAGCUGCGCACUUAUGUCCCUGUGGAGCCGAUUCUUUAAAGUCCAUCUUAUCCUUCCAGUUACACAUGUAAAGUAACUUUGACAAUGGCUUCCUUGGCAUUGCAAUAAAUUGUUUAGGUGUUUUCAUAAUUUAUUUUGUUUAGAGACAUUCCUCUUCAAAAUGCAAGAUCAAAGAUAAGAUGGUUGAUUAUGCAACUGGUUCGUCCUGUUGUGAUGAAUGUGAUAACUUUGACUGGACGUGGAUUUAUACAAGCAUGUAUUUUCCAUUGCUAGUGCAUUCUGAAGGAUGGGUUGGCUUUUAACCAUUUGUAAAUUUGUCAUUGGCUAACCAAUAUCCUUGAACCCUAUUUAGGACUUCAUUCCUUCUAUAUGCUUGCAAGUGAUGUAAAGCUGCACUUGUCCCAAAGUUAGGCUGUAAGUUUGCUGGUAGCUGUGCCUCUGUGGUGUAGCUCUCACAUUUCUCAAGACACCAACCGUUGAAAUCAGACCUGGGCCAAAUACCAGAAGUAUCUACCAACUGUAAAUUUAAGGAAACUUGAGUUGCAAGCUCAUUUCAGAGGAGUUAUUCUCAAAGUAUUCAAACGCUGAUCAUUUGUAGUGGUUUUAAGGUCAAAGUCGUCUUUGUUUGUUUUCCUAUGGAUCUCGUAAUUGCCCCAGGUCUGCCUGUGUUGUGUUCAUAUUGUUAACCCUAAAUGUAUCUGUAAAUGUGAUCAUAUAACUGUAUGAUCUCUAAUAUAUGAUCAUUUAAGAAGCCUGUAUCUAAUCUUGCAGUAGAUCUUCAAAACAAAUGCCCGUAUGGUUUUAAAGCACAGGAAUGUUGUUUUUGUUUUUUAUUAAUUUUGUUUUAUUGGUUUAUAGAUGUGUAGUUGCUUGCUGUUAAUUUUAAUUUCUGGUUUGAGUUUGAUGGGAGGAACAAAAGUGAAAUAUCUGUGUUGUAACUGCAGAUUGUUGUAGACUUAACCUUUGAUGCUUGUCAUUCACUGUCAAGGUACUACUAAAAUGCUUAUAAUAAAGACAUUUCUGAAACUAAAUAUAACCAAAAUACAUGUAAAGUCGUCUUCAACCUGAAGUUUUAGUUUGGUAUGUCUUUAGUUUAAUUUGCUUCGAUGUGUAACUCACAAAUUAAAGGAUUCAAAUCUAGA